AUGAUGUUCCUUCGCAGUGCUAACCAACUCUUUGCUCUUGUUCCUGUUCAGCGCCUCAACCAAACUUACGGCUGGGGAACUGAAUCUGGUGACAGCUUCGGAGAUGGUCUGAGCUAUGACUCGGGUGUUGGCAACAAUGCUGGCGAUGCUGAGCUCUCCCCCUACAACGUCGUUCGCCCCCGCCGCUCCGGAAUGCUCUACUUGGCUUGA